GAGGUGGCUUCGGUGGUGGGGGAAGGGUGGCUGCCGUGGUUAGGUCUGGUGAAAAGAGACCUGCUUUUUAGAGAGGGCGAUAUGCUUUGGAUAGAUCACAGUCCAAGAGAGAUGGAGGUUUUAAAAGUAAUUGGAGCUUUGAUCAUGCAGAAGAAAGUGAAGGAGAUGCAGAGAAAGAGGAUAUUUGUAUUGCAUAAGAUGGAAGAAUAAAUUGUAACAUGAAGGGAAGAAUUGUGGAUGGAAAAAGUUGUUAGGAACUUAAGGGAUGGAGCACUGAGUAGUAAUUAGUUUAUUUACAUAUGAAGAGCUAAAGUCAUUGCAUGUAUUGCAAGCCAGCAUGUCAAGCUGACACAGCUAAGAAAAGUAUGUUUCUCUUGUGUAGUUCUUCACUUUUAACACCUGGCAUAACUGCUUUGAUUUUAAGGAAUUUCUACCUGAGUGAUCUUGAUUAAAACUUUUCAAACCAUGCAAUUAUAAGUUGGCUAAAAGUUGUAUUGUUUUUUUGUCGCCAACAUAGGAGUAACCUUAACAGGAUUGAUGAGAUGGGAUUUUCUGCAGGUCAUUCCUCCUGGAAGCAAGAAUAUGUUAGACUAAUCUAGCUGCUGUCAGUAUGAAGUGUGUGGUUGGGGUUUAAAUUUAAAUACUAAAGAUUAUUUGAGGAUAACUGCCUGUUACUGAAAAGAAUGGUUUUAGAGGGUCACAGAGUGGCUUUCUUUUUUUUGUCUUCUUCCCCAUUCUAAUGGUUGGGGAUUACAGGUAUUGAAAAUGCUAAAAACCACAUUUUAGUAAGCAGUAGAACCAAACUGAUUAUGUUCUCUUUAGUCUUUUUAGUAGCAAAUACUGUGGUAGUAAUUGCUGUGGGGUAAAAUGUAGUUACGUUAAGUUCUUCUCCUAAAGCAGUAUGAAGUCUGCAGUUUUAAAGUGCAUGCUUGAACAUUGAUAGGCAUAAUGCAAAGUAAGAUGAUGUUUUAUAGGUUAAUGAAGUUUUGGACUCAAUUUAUGCAGAGAGUGUAGAAUCUUUUAUAGUGUCAGUAAUAUUGUUGUAACCAUAUUGAAGGUUCAGUAGCAUUGUCUGUUUUGAAUUAAUCUUUUAGUUUUGCAUUUUGCAAAAUAAUUUGAUUUACACUUUAGGUUCAGGUUCACAUUAUGCAUCUGAUCACUGUGUUGCUCGUUUCAUGUUCCUGUUUUAUGCAUAUUUAUACAAUGUGUAUAUGAUGCAUUUAAAUGUAGAGGGAAAGGGAUAAAAAAGCCUUUUGCAUUUAAAAUGUCUGUGUGUGCUCUGUUGGAUUACAGUGUAUGUGCUUUUCUCUCCCACACCGUUCUAGCGAGGCAAAUCUGCUCAGUUUAGAUGACAGUGAUGGGUCUUUGAGUCCCAAUGAAGAAAAAAAGUCAAUUCGUUGUCGACCUGGAACUAUUGGAGGCAGCAGCGAUGCCAUAAAAGCAUAUGCAAGGCGAGGCAAAGCUGGAGGUUUCAAACUUUUAAAAGGGAAUGCAAUCGGCCUCAACAUGAUGGGAAAUAGCAAGAAACUGAGUGAAAAUGCUCAGAAUAUAUCUGGUCCUGUAACUGUGGUACAUGGCAGACGUUUUCACCACGCAAACGCACAAACAGCCGUAGUAAAAACAGCAGCCCAAAGCAAUCUGGACCGAAAGGAAAGAAAAGAAUACCCACCUCAGCUUCAGAAAGUGGAGGCAGACCACAUUAGGUUACCACGGUCUCAAGGAGUGGACAGUGUAAUGGAGGAUAAAGAUGACUCUGAAUCAGAAUCUGACAUUAAAAGAAAGGUGCGACAGAAAGGUCAUUGCAAUUCUUACCAAUCUGACUUGAGUCUAUCUUCUGCUACAAAAACAUGCUUAACUCAGUCAAAGCUUUUGGAACAGAUUGAUUAUUCUAGUGAAUGCCCAAAUUGUGGGAGGGCAAAUGAAAAUCAGACCAAAUGCCGACAUUGUGAAAGUGCUUCUUUAAAGGAUUUGCAAAGAGUCUCCAGACAAACUGUAACAUUAAGUGAAUCUGUGGGACCUUUAUCACGUUCUUCAAUACAUCAGAAUUCACCAGGGCAAAAAUCUUCAGGUACAGGGUUCAGCACAAAGAAGUUUUAUAGUUCUGCUGUUGGAAAAGGUCCAGCGGAUAUUCUACUGAGUAAUGAGGUUGUAGGACAUUCUAUGUUACGACAGAAUGGAAAAAUUGGUCUUAUAACUGGGACAAAAAAUCCUAAACUUACAGGAAGCUUAAGACAGAGGAGUACAAGACCAUCUGAAUUAAAUGAUCCAAUUGUUUUGUCUAGUGAUGAUGAUGAGGACGAGAAUAGUGGCAGCACUAGGAGCAUGGAAAGCAUUUCACCUCGUCCUGCAGAUUCAGCCCGCUCCUCCCCAGCUCCUUCUACAGGAAAGGUGGAAGCAGCAUUAAAGGAGAACAGUUGUGGAAUAGAACAGAGAAUAGGUAGUAUAACAACAGAUACAGAAAUUGCAGUCACACUACCAAGAAAAGCAAGAAUGAAAGAUCAGUUUGGGAACAUUGUGUCUAACACUCCAAUAAAACGGCGUAAAGUUAUUUCUCAAGAGAUGGUAACUGAGGCCGUACCUCUAAAUUACCAAAACUCCUGUGAAAGCGUCAUCCUGAACUGCCGAAGCAUUCGAAUAGGAAUGCUGCGCAGAAUGGUCGUGGAGCCUGUGAUUUUUUGCCUGGAUUAUAUCAAAAUACGCCUAGAGAGUCAAGAAGAAUCAGAAAGUGAUAUCAGAGAGAUUAACUUGAAAACUUCAGAGCUUACUAAAUGUGAAUGGUGUAGUGUCCGAAAAUUGCCAGUAGUUUUCCUACAAACAGUACCAUCAACCUGUAGCAGUCUGAGAGAUCAACUGAAAAUGAGUAAAGAUAAUGUCUGGUACGAAUGCAAAGGAGACAGUCAGGAAGAGCAGUACAUAAUUUUAAUUUUUGAAACUGGUCUUGAUCCUCAUGCAAAUUCAGUAUUUGAAAAAAUAAUUAUGGACAUUGGUAUUAGAAAUAACAUUUCUGACUUCUUUGUGAAAAUUUCCUUUGAGGAAGCCAAUGCCAGGCUUGUUGCAUUUACUAAGUGCUUGGAGGAUAAUUCCAAAGGAAGCCCAUCUCACAGAGAAAGCAAAAUAAAAAAUGUUGCUUCUGAGUCCAAAAUGCAGCAACGAAAUAAACAGUUACCAUUUUUUGAUGAUGAUGAAGAAAUUGGCGAACCACAUACAGUAUUUAUUGGUCCUAUAGAAAAGUUGAUAGUUUAUCCACCUUCUCCAGCUAAAGGUGGUAUUUCUGUGACCAACGAAGACCUCCAUUGUCUAAAUGAAGGAGAAUUUUUAAAUGAUGUUAUUAUUGAUUUUUAUUUAAAGUAUUUGGUACUUGAAAAGCUGAAAAAAGAAGAUGCUGAUAGAAUACAUGUGUUCAGUUCAUUCUUCUAUAAACGCCUUAAUCAAAGAGAAAGAAGAAAUAUUCAUGAAACUUCAAACCUUUCAAUACAGCAGAAGCGACAUGGGCGAGUAAAAACAUGGACACGGCAUGUUGAUAUUUUUGAGAAAGAUUUCAUUUUUGUUCCCCUUAAUGAAGCCGCCCACUGGUUUUUGGCUGUUAUCUGUUUCCCUGGUUUAGAAAAACCCAAAUACGAACCAAAUCCCCAUUUCCAUGAAAAUGCUGCAAUGCCGAUGAAAUGUUCCUCUUCAGAUGGAGAGAGCAGCACACCAUCUCCUUUGCCAAAUGAAUUAGAUGCACAAAACUCGCCUUCCAAGUCUACAGCAAAGACAUUUACCAAAAAGUACAGUACAGCUUUAAUUGACCCAAACACUGAAAUAGAGGACAGUGAAUCUUCAUGUUGUAGAAGAAGUCCUUGUCGGGGGAAAAGUGCUUUCAAAAAACUGAAUCAAAUAGGCAGUGAUGUGGAAGAACCUAACACUGUGGAAUCAGCAUGCCAUAAACUAGACCAUAGAACUCUGGAUGAAAACGGUAUACAGGGUGAAUUCACAGCUGCUAGCCAAUCUGUGGAUGGAUUGCACAAAAUCAGACUGAACUAUGGUGAAGACUCAGCUGAUGGCAGUAAACUAAAUGAAGAUGAGCUUAUAGAUUUUUCUGAAGACCAAGAUAACCAGGAAGACAGUAGUGAUGAUGGUGGCCUUGUAGAUGAUAACUGUAAUUCAGAAAUGGGACAAUGGUACCUGAAGCCAACUAUCUGCAAACAGCCCUGCAUUUUGCUUAUGGACUCACUCAGAGGCCCUUCCCGGUCAAAUGUUGUGAAAACACUAAGGGAAUAUUUAGAGGUGGAAUGGGAAGUCAGGAAAGGCAGCAAAAGAAGCUUUUCCAAAGAUGUCAUGAAAGGUUCCAACCCAAAAGUGCCACAGCAGAACAACUUCAGUGAUUGUGGAGUGUACAUCCUCCAGUAUGUGGAGAGCUUUUUUGAGAAUCCCAUUUUGAGUUUUGAGCUACCAAUGAACUUAACAGACUGGUUUCCACGCCCAAGAAUGAAAACCAAAAGAGAAGAAAUACGAAAAAUAAUCCUGACUCUCCAGGAACAGCAGAACAAGGACAAGAAGGGACAGAAAGACCCAAAUUCAAUGUUGCAGGAAAAGACAGAACAACUUACUAACAACAGCUCAGACUGAAUGUUGUAUCUGUUGCAUGUUAGCUCCACAAUCAAAACUGAAACCUACAUUUCUGUCUGCCCAAACUAAAGAUUUGGCGUGUUCUCUGCUCAAAGUUACUUGGGAAUGUUUAAUGCCUGUAUAAAUGUGUGUCAUAAAAUGGUUUAAUUCCCACAAAGAUGUGUAUUAAGUGAGUCUGUACAUAUGUUAAUGAGGCCAACUUUUUCAGCAUUUGUAAUUACUUUUUUUCCUCUUGAUAGGGAGCUUUUGUUAUGUAUUUCUGUUAAUAGAACUUAAAUAGCAACUUCUAAACAAAAAGGAAAUAAAGAAAAUAUAGGAUGAA